CUGAUCAUCCACCCACUCUCACCACCAGUUUGAUCUCAAGUGAUGUGACACUUGUGACAGACCUCAGUCACACCAGGACAUGUCAGCAUCUGAUUGUGGUCCCGUGAUGCAAGUGCUUGUCCUUCUCUUCUGGCUCACGUUAUCUUACGCCGUUGUUGAGGGUUGCCUAAAGUCCAACGAUCUGCUUAAAGGUUCCGGGCUGUCUCACGACUCUGCCGAACAGAACCCCGCACCCACAGAGAGCAAGUACUGUGAAGACAUUCUCUCUGGCUGCCUUGCCCAACGUUCCUGGACCAGGUGUUAUAAACAGCAGAUUCUAAACUGCACACCCAGAAUGCGAGGCAGAGGCGUCUUCAUUUUAAGGAACGUUGACCCUUCCGAAAAGCGUGAGGAGCGCCCGACUCCGGACCAUGGUGUUCAAAUCCCCUCAUCAGCCCUCCAGAGAAGCAGAGCGCCCGAGUCCGUGGACAAAGUGUUGGUGGUGGUCACCGUGCUCGACAGCGUGCAUUUCAAGUCCCCAAGUAGAAACUAUGGAAGAAGAGGCCCAACUGGCCCAACAGGCACAGUGUUGGGGGGAACCGUCCUGGUGGUGCAGGCAGGUUUAAACCCACUCCAGGACCUCCCAGAACCCAUCACGCUGACCUUCAAAUACAACAAGAAGGUUGCCAACGGGGCUUGUGUGUUCUGGAAGGAGAUAAAUGAGGAAGACGGAACUGGUCUGUGGAGCACGUUCGGCUGUAACACUAGCGACACCGGGAGUGAAUUUAUUUGUCGGUGCAACCACUUGAGCUUCUUCGCCGUACUUGUGAAUCCUGAUCUCUCUCUGCGUGAAGAGGAUGUCUUCAAGCUGAGUUUGAUCACAUACGUUGGAUCAUCGUUGUCGGUCGUCUUCACCAUCAUCAGCUUGAUCUUGUACUCCUGUCUAAACAAGCGGCAGCCGGACAGAGCCGUUGGCCUGCACAUGCACCUGACGGGAGCGCUGCUGUGCCUGCACCUCUGUUUCUUGCUCUGCUGCUUGUGGUCGUGGAAGCUCGCCGAGGAGCCGGCCGAUUGGUUCUGCGGUGCUCUUGGCCUCCUUCUGCACUGGUCUCUGCUGGCCACCGUUUGCUGGUCGGCCCUGGAGGGUUUCCAUCUUUACCUCCUGCUGGUGCGCGUAUUCAACAUCUACAUCAGGAGAUACCUGCUCAAACUGUGUGUGGUGGGCUGGGGUGUGCCCACAUUGAUCACUCUGAUUUGUGGAGUGUCUGGGGUUUACGGCAAGUACACGCUGGAAGUUCGGGACUCCGCCAACAAUAAUUCAACCAUACAGCUGUGCUGGAUGAGCAGUCAGUUCAAUUAUAGGAAAGCGGUCACCUACACCACCACAGUGGUCUUCCCGAGCCUUGUGGUGCUCUUCAACUCCUGCAUGUUGGGUCUGGUGGUCUUCCAGCUGUGGAGGCUGCAAGGAGGCGGUUUAAAAGGUGGAGGACCGAAGGGCAUCAGGGAGAAGACCAGCAGGUUGUGGAAGGAUUGCGUGACCGUGCUGGGCCUCAGCUGUGUGCUGGGUUUACCUUUCGGCUUGUCGAGUGCCACCUAUGCCUCUGUGCCGGGCGUCUACGUCUUCACCGUCCUCAACUCACUGCAAGGGGUCUUUGUGUUCCUGUGGUGUUUGGCAUUGACGUGCAAGUCUCAGUCGGACGCCGCCUCCUCCUCAAAAGACACUUCCUCUCAGAGAAUCAUGACCACCAGCUUCAACAGCUGACGAGCACCACCGUGCGUGCGUGAAUUUUAAUGAUUUAAAUCUCCUUUUAACUAAUCCAUGUUUGAUCCAUUUUGUCUAGUUUUGCACUAACCCCCAAAAAACUGACAUUUGCAAACAGAUGGAUACCGCUGUCCUCCACUUUGUCUUAAACUUGAGUAUGGGGAAAC